AUGACUGGUCCUAAUGCUGACCAAGAAGUCUCCUCACUGGACAUAGUUCUGGAGGACGGUGAACGUAUCGAUUCAUCGAUGUCCGCUGCCACAUCUCAACGCAAUAGCAGCCAAGCCACUGAGACGAUUCACUCCUUGUUUGGUGACCAGGAGGGCCCAUGUGGGGCGUCGACAGAGAGCUCGUUGGCGGAACAAGAAGCUACAUUAGAUGCUCAUACUGAUGACCUGCAUAACAUAAAUCUCGAGUUGACGAGAGAAUGUCAAAAACAAGGCCAGCAACUACAGCGUGAUAAAACGUUCCAGAAUGAUUUGGUUAAGGACAUCAACAAAGUGUGGCAAGAGUGUGUGGAGUUAGUCGGCCAUGAUAGGCUCAUGGCUGAGUUUGAUGCACAGAGACAUGAUGCUGAUGCCAAACAAGAUUGA